AUGAACGUUCAGGCCGCAGGUACCGCAGGAGCAGGUGUCGCCCUAUUAGGUGCUCUGGGUGUCUUUAUAUAUAACUCACUUUUCACAGUAGAUGCAGGACAUCGUGCAAUAAUGUACAAUCGUAUUUCAGGCAUCAAUGACAAAAAGAUUUACAUAGAAGGCACCCAUUUCAAGCUUAUCUUUUUCGACCGUCCAAUUAUCUACGAUGUCCGCACACAUCCUCGCAUCAUUAGUUCCUUGACUGGGACAAAAGAUCUGCAAAUGGCCAACGUUUCUCUUAGAGUUCUUUCUAGACCUAACGUAGAAGCUUUGCCUACAGUCUACAGAACUCUUGGAAAAAACUAUGAUGAAAGAGUCCUCCCCAGUAUUGUUAACGAAAUCCUCAAAUCAGUCGUCGCCCAGUUCAACGCCACUCAACUAUUAACUCAAAGAGAACAAGUUUCCAGAAUGAUAAGACAAAAUCUCAUCACUAGAGCCAGUGACUUUAACAUUGUUGUCGACGAUGUCUCCAUCACCCACUUGUCCUUUGGAAAAGAAUUCACUGAAGCUAUUGAAGCCAAACAAGUCGCAGCCCAGCAGGCAGAAAUGGCAAAAUACGUUGUGUUGCAAGCAGAACAAGAAAAAUUAGGCAUGAUUAUUAAGGCAGAAGGAGAAGCCAAAAGUGCAGAACUUAUUGGGUCUGCAAUUGCCGCAAACCCUGCUUAUAUCAGACUGAAGAAAAUUGAGACGGCUACUGAUAUUGCCAAUACGCUUUCACAGUCGAGAAAUAGAGUAUUGCUAAGUUCGGAAAGUCUUUUAAUGAAUCUUAAAGAUCUUUUGAACUAG